AUGAACUUCAAGCUAUCCGCUUUCCUGGCCCUCGUCAUUUGCACACUUUUGGUGCUCGCUACACCACCUCCCAAUCAAGGCGAUCCUAAACCAGUUGACAAGAAGCUUGAACAAGGCCUAGCCAUUUGUGCCAUGGGGUGCGGUUCUGGACCAGUAAACGAACGCAAAUCCUGUACUGAAAAGUGCCAGAAUGAUGUGAGGGCAAAAUACGCGCCAAAAUAA